AUGUAUAACUACUGGGAAUGUGACACCUGCGAUCGCAGCUUUGGCAGCGAGCAUGCAGUCCAGCAACACAUGGACGCCCUGGGCCAUUGGGAUUAUGAUGAUACACCCCAACACUCUGGUGUCUGGUAUGAAUGCGACGAUUGUUACGAUCGGUUCCACGACGAGCAGGAUCUCCGCGACCACGAGGUCGAGGAACACAACUACUGCGAUCCUUGCGACCGCUAUUUCACCAACCAAAACAACAUCCGGCUGGCCGUGCGCGCACGCGACCCGAACGGAGUCAUCUGCAAGAAGCUCCUAGAGUGGCAUGCAUCUCCUAUCUACACCGCCACCAACCGAACAUACAACUACCACAUCGACGCUUACGAGUGUUAUCUCUGUCACCGUGCUUUCUCGUCUCUGAAUGGACUCAACCAGCAUCUCAACUCUCCCGUUCAUCAACAGAAACUCUACCACUGCCCGAAUCAUCGUUGCGGUCGUGAGUACACCACUCUCGCUGCGGUCAUCAACCAUCUCGAGAGCGAGUCCUGCGGCUAUAUGCGCUUUAAGGCAGUGCAGAAGAACGUUGGACAGAUUCUCGAUCCUCGUCGGAUGCUUUCCCUUUGA